AUGCGAAAAAUAUGUGAUGGUGUCCGUCCAGAAUUUUCUAAAGAAGUACCUGAUCUUUACAUUUCCUUAGCAAAUGAAUGCAUGAAAGCAGACUCUCCUGGGCGCCCUUCUGCAAAUCAACUUCAUAAAUUAUUAAAUAAUUGGAUAAUCAAUGAAUUUUAUGCAAAUAUUUUUAACAGAGCUAAUGAAAAUUUAAACAAAUAUAAAUCUAAACAAAAUAUCA